AUGGCGUCUGAAGGGCCGUUUCCUCUUUUGGCCCACCCGUACCGGUCCCCAGCUCGAGGGACGUGUGCCUACGAGAUGGGAAAUACAGCUGCCAAAAAUGCGCUGGUCUUUAUUGGAGGUCUGAAAGACGGCCCUCAUACGACGCCUUAUAUUCGAACUGUUGCCAGACACCUGGAAAAGACGCCCGAGCUUGGCUAUUCUGUGUUUGAAACACGAAUCAGAAGCUCCUUCGAUGGUUUCGGGACCUCAAACCUGGCACAGGAUGUUCAGGAUAUAUCUGCGCUUGUCAAGUAUCUUCGCUCCAUUGGUCGGGACAAGAUCAUUCUAUUUGGUCAUUCAACCGGAUGCCAGGAUUGUAUGGAGUACACAAAAUAUGCCAAAUAUUCCAACAGCCCCGUAGAUGGCUUCAUUCUUCAAGCACCAGUCUCGGACAGAGAGUCUUUAGACACUUUUCUUCCAAAUUGGCACUCCAAGCUCGACUAUGCUGACAAAAUGAUUGCCGACGGGAAGGGGGGCGACUGCUUGCCUGCCGAGCAGUCGAUUGCCAUGUUGAACGCACCGAUAUCCGCCAACAGGUUCCACGACCUGUUUGCGAAAGGCGGCGCGGAUGAUUACUUUUCUUCCGACCUUGAUGCCGAAACAGUAAUCGGAUUUUGGGGCCGGUUCAACAAACCGGUGCUUGUACUACAUUCAGAAAAGGACGAGUUUGUGCCGGCAACGGUUGAUCAAGUUGCGUUGAACAAGAAGUAUCAGGCAGCGAGCCCGUUUGUGAGCCCGUUGUCUGGCCUCAUUCCCGGAACGGGUCACACUGUCUUGCAAGAAGAAGCUCGAGAGUGGCUGGCGGGAAGGGUUAUCGAGUUUCUCCGCACUAUUACUUGA